CGUGCGUAAGCCUUCUAUGCCGUCCUCGCUUUCCGGCUGCUGUUUCUCCACGGCUCUCCCCUCCCCCCCACCCCCACCGUUCUCUUCCUGAAGGCUUACUUUGCGGCAGCGCGGAGGGCCCCACCCCCUUUCUCUGCGGAAUCACCAUGGCGGCUGGGACCCUGUACACAUAUCCUGAAAACUGGAGGGCCUUCAAGGCCCUCAUUGCCGCUCAGUACAGCGGGGCUCAGGUCCGCGUGCUAUCCGCACCACCCCAGUUCCAUUUUGGCCAAACCAACCGUACCCCCGAAUUUCUCCGUAAAUUUCCUGCUGGCAAGGUUCCAGCCUUUGAGGGUGACGACGGAUUCUGUGUGUUCGAGAGCAAUGCCAUUGCUUACUAUGUGAGCAACGAGGAGCUGCGGGGAAGUACUCCCGAAGCAGCAGCCCAGGUGGUGCAGUGGGUGAGCUUUGCUGAUAGCGACAUAGUUCCCCCAGCCAGUACCUGGGUGUUCCCCACCUUGGGCAUCAUGCACCACAGCAAGCAGGCCACAGAGAAUGCAAAGGAGGAGGUGAGGCGAAUUCUGGGGCUGCUGGAUGCUCACUUGAAGACAAGGACUUUUCUGGUGGGCGAACGUGUGACGCUGGCUGACAUCACAGUUGUCUGCACCCUGUUGUGGCUUUAUAAACAGGUUCUGGAGCCUUCUUUCCGCCAGGCCUUCCCCAAUACAAACCGCUGGUUCCUCACCUGCAUUAACCAGCCCCAGUUCCGGGCGGUCUUGGGGGAGGUGAAACUCUGUGAGAAAAUGGCCCAAUUUGAUGCUAAAAAGUUUGCAGAGAGCCAGCCUAAAAAGGACACCCCACGGAAAGAGAAAGCUUCUCGGGAAGAGAAGCAGAAGCCCCAGGCCGAGCGGAAAGAGGAGAAGAAGGCAGCUGCCCCUGCUCCCGAGGAGGAGCUGGAUGAAUGUGAGCAGGCGCUGGCUGCUGAGCCGAAGGCCAAGGAUCCCUUUGCUCACCUGGCCAAGAGUACCUUUGUGUUGGAUGAGUUUAAGCGCAAGUACUCCAACGAGGACACACUCUCCGUGGCGCUGCCGUACUUUUGGGAGCACUUUGAUAAAGAUGGCUGGUCCCUGUGGUACUCCGAGUACCGCUUCCCUGAAGAGCUCACCCAGACCUUCAUGAGCUGCAACCUCAUCACUGGAAUGUUCCAGCGGCUGGACAAACUGAGGAAGAAUGCCUUUGCCAGUGUCAUUCUGUUUGGAACCAACAAUAGCAGCUCCAUUUCUGGAGUCUGGGUCUUCCGAGGCCAGGAGCUUGCCUUUCCGCUGAGUCCAGAUUGGCAGGUGGACUAUGAGUCAUACACAUGGCGGAAACUGGAUCCCAGCAGCGAGGAGACCCAGACGCUGGUUCGAGAAUACUUUUCCUGGGAUGGGGCCUUCCAGCAUGUGGGCAAAGCCUUCAAUCAGGGCAAGAUCUUCAAGUGAACAUCUCCUGCCACCGCCUAGCUGCCCGCACCUGCCCUUCAGGGAGAAUGGGGGUCAUUAAAGGAAACUGAACAUUGAA